CAAUAGUCGAGUUUAGCGUUGCCGUUUAAGUCCAAUUGAACCAAAAUUGAGAUAUGUACAUCUCUACUUAAAACAGAUGUUCUAGUACAUUUAAAUUUUUUAUAAACAAAUUUUUGUGCAAGCAUGAAUCCGAAUAUGAAUAUGCAUAGCAUGCAACAGAUGAACAUCGCCGGUGUUGGUGGUCAAAAUCCAAUGAUGCAGCCUGGAGUUUCGCCGGUUUCUAUGAUGCAAGCUUCCCCGCAACAACAAAUGCAAGGCCAAAUGCAAUCACAAGUAUCGAACGCUGCACAGCAACAACAACAACAGCAGCAACAACAACAACAACAACAACAACAGCAGCAGCAACAAGCAGAAAAACUGGACAACAUUUUAAAAGUCAAAAGCCUACUCUCUCCAUUGCGCGAAUCACUUUUUCUUACGCUAAGAACAGGAGCAUUUGCAUUGCAAGAACAUAACUUAGCCGAUAAUCUUAAACGCGAUGCAGCGUCUCAUGCAGGACGCUUUGAAAAGCAUUUAGAAGAUUUUUAUGCUUAUUGCGAUCAAAUUGAAUUGCAUCUGAAAACAGCGAUUCAAUGCAUGCAGCAACUAUCAUCCGCACAGCACUAUCUACCCAGUGCAGUCACAGCAGCACGUAUGGAGCCAUAUAUGCAAGAAAAUCCUGGUGGUCCCAUGACCUACUCCACCUAUCUCAAUAUUGUGCGAGUACAUGUGCAGUCGGCGAAGGAUAUACAUGACACUUUAAUUAGUGCCGCCCAAAAUAUAUCCCAAGCCGAUUGAUGAAUGCCUUAGAUCAAUAAGCGUAAAUGUCGAAGUCACACUGAUAAUGCUUGUUAGAUCAUUGUAAGGAAAAAUUAAUGGACAUUUUAUUUUAUUUAAGAGAUUAAAUGAAAGCUUGCUCACAGCAGCAUUAAAUAUGUUUCGUAUCAACUACUUAAUAUGUAACCGUUUGUUGAUAUUCCUUAAUAGCUAAAAAAAUAAAUGUACGUAUAUAUGCAUGUGCAAUAUACAUAUGUUCAUAUUAAAUUGAAGCAAAACAGAG